CCUUUUUUCUUGUUAUUAAAAUGUACUUUUAUAGUUAUUUAGGGCAGUGAUGUUUUCCUUAAAGAUUCACCGAUAUUGAACAAUGUACUUUAUAUCACCAGUUAAUGUUGCUAUUCUAUUAAGAAUUAAGUAUCUGGUUUUUAGUUGGCCCGAGAGGCCCCAGGUUCUUGGGUACCGCAGCUUCUGUUGUGUGGAACCAACUCUGGCUGCUGGAGCCCCAGCGAGGACCCAGGAUAUCCGGAAGCCGGAAAUGGACUCAGUGGCCUUUGAGGAUGUGGAUGUGAACUUCACCCAGGAGGAGUGGGCUUUGCUGAGUCCUUCCCGGAAGCAGCUCUACAGAGAUAUGAUGCUGGAAACCUUGAGGAACCUGGCCUCUGGAAGUCUGGUGGAGAGAUUCUCUGGACGUAAAGAAGGGAGUGACCACAGAGAAACCUUCAGCCAGAUUCCAGAUUGUCACCUGAACAAGAAAAGUCAUACUGCAGUGAAACCAUGCAAAUGCAGCGUGUGUGAGAAAGUCUUCCUCUGUCAUUCAUUUAUGUACAGGCACAUGAGAGCUCACGCCAGACAGAAACGACGUGAGUGUGGUGGGGAAUGGGGAGAGAAGCCCAGUAAACAGAAACAACGUGGGAAAGCCUCCAUUUCUCCCAAGAGUGGUCCACGGUGCACAGUAACACCAACUUCAAAGAGACCUUAUGAAUGCAGGGUGUGCGGGAAAGCCUUUCAUUCUCCCAAUUUAUUUCAAAUCCAUCAACGAGCUCACACUGGAAAGAGGCGCUAUAAAUGUAGGGAAAUCGUGAGAGCCUUCACUGUUUCUAGUUUCUUUCGAAAACAUGGGAAAAUGCACACUGGAGAAAAACGCUACGAAUGUAAAUACUGUGGAAAACCUUUCAAUUAUCCCAGUUUAUUUCAAAUUCAUGUUAGAACUCUCAUCGGAGAAAAACCUUACUAAUGUAAACAUCCUGCAACUUACGUUCGGACACAUGAAAUCAGAGCUCACGCGCUGGAGAAACCCCACCAGUGUCAGGAAUGCGGGAAGAAACUCAGUUGUUCCAGUUCCCUUCGCAGACAUGAAAAAGCUCAUAGUGGAGGAAAACUCUACGGAUGUCAAAAAUGUGACAAAUUCUUCAAAUGUCCCUCGUCCCUUCAAGCACAUGAACGAGCUCACACUGGAGAGAGACCUUAUGGAUGUAAUAAAUGUGGUGAAACCUUCAAUAAUCCCAGUUGUUUUCGAAGACAUGAAAACACUCAUAGUGUAGAAAAGCCGUAUGAAUGUAAAAGGUGUGGUAGAGCCUUUGGAUGGCACAGCUCCCUUCAAAUACGUGAAAUGAUUCACACCGGAGAAAAACCCUUUGACUGUAAACAGUGUGGUAAACCACUGUGCCCAGCCGUCUUCACUUUUUCAAAUUACCUUAGACUUCAUGAAAGAACUCAUUCGGCUGGGCGUAGCCAGCGCUUUGGGUGGCUGAGGCAGGGGAAUCACCUGAGCCCAGGAGUUUGAGACCAGUCUGGGCA